UGAUAGUAGUACUUAGAACUAACAAGAGAAAAAUUAAACAUUAAAUGACAAUAUUUUAUUUACGGGUGAUUCAUUCGUUCUGGUUGGUGACGGAUAUUUUGAGAGUUUCCCCUACUAGCUAGUAGAACACAAAACUUGCAAGAGUGGAGUAAUUGAACCGCUAGCGCGUGGCAGUGUGUACAAGACAUCGCGCGAACCAGCAGCGCUCUGCGGGAGGAGGCGAAGAACAAGGAUAAAGGCCUUCAACAACACACAAAAGUGUACAUUUUUACUUUUUGAAAAAAAAUAAGGAAAAUUCUUUAAAAAGACACCUAACAUGGUUGGAAAAAGUGCCCUUUUGUUGCUUGGAUUUGCUGUGUGCGCGGUGUAUUUUAGUGGGCCUGUUUCAGCUUUCAGGACUUGUGCUGAGGCCCGCUACUGCUGCCCGGGCCGAAAUAACACAUGCUUUGCUCAUGGACCCCGAAUGGAUAACGAUAAUAAGCAAAAGAGAUGUUUUUGUGAUCAGGAAUGUGUAACUAUGGGGGAUUGCUGCAUCGAUUACACACAAACGUGCACAGGUAGAGAUUGCUUGAUGGAGGAGUGGGGAUCGUGGAGCGAGUGUGAUGAGCUAUGUGGAUACGGGACUCAGAGGAGGAAGAGAAAGAUCCUCAGACACAGACAACAUGGAGGAAAGAAGUGCCCAGUCCGCCAUGAAAAACGGGCAUGUGUGGGCGACCAGUGCUUUGCCGUCCAGUCUGUUGAGUUCAGGGGCAAAGAACUUAGUGAGGUUGGGAAGAUUUUACCAGCAGAAUUUGGAAGAUGGAGAACAAGUAGCUUGUACAGUAUGGAACAUGAUAUAAGGAGAAAUCUGAUAGAAAAUCGCCUCAGCAAUGAAGUCCCUACUAGAUUACCAUACUGUGCCAAAUUUACCAUCGUCGCUACAAGCCUGUAUUGCAAUAAGUCGGGAGCUGAUAAAAAGUGGGCCAAUGAACUACAGUUGAACAGAACGGUGUGCAUCCAGUGUGAUCCAUUCGCAAUGAGCAAGGAACUUGGAACCCGUUGUAUUGGACAUGGCGUGUACAACCACACCACACGCUGGAAGGCUGUGGAUGUCCCGUAUUGCAAUGGACAGUGGAAAAUGAUUACUAAACCAAAGGAUGGCUGUGUGUGUGAUGUAGAAUCCAAAGACAGCUUUAUUUUAAUCUGAGAAGAAUUGCUCUUCAUUCUGUAAAAUGAUAAUGAAGUAUAUGGUUGUAUUAGAGUAUAGUUUACAUAAUAUUACAUCUUUUAUGUCUGUCAGAUUUUGGUCUUCUCAUCUAAGACAGUGAAAUGUAGUGGUACCGAAUUCUGUGAAAUUGAGAUUUGUGGUGUGGUUAAGAUGAAUGAACAUGAAGUUAUCUGGGUUUAGAUUUAUGAAUUCAAAUAUUUGUGUAUGUUCUGUCAUUGUACAUAUAAGUGUGUAAAGAGUUACUUUAUCAUAUGUAUUUCUACUUCACAUUGUCAUAUAGUACUUUUUUUUUUAUCUUAAAAGACUGGAAGGGUGGAAUUAGUGCUAAAUAAGAUGUAUGAAAAUGUAAUCAAAUGGAAUCUGUAUGGUUUUGUAAUCUUUGGCCAGUAUCAAAUUCAAAUACCGGUAGAGGUAUGUAUUACCUGAAAAAGGUGAUUACUAUAUAUUUUCUCCUUUUGAUAUACUCUAUAUAACAUCUCAAACACUCCAGAAUUUGGUUGUGGUUGCAGCAUUUGAUGUCAUCCAUAAAAUCCCUCUGUAUUCAUUUAUCUUAAAAAUACUCAAAGUCCAGCAAAUUACAUAUAGAUAUGAAUCAUAACCAACGAAUACCUCACAUAAAACAUACAAAUGCAUCAUGGGUAAAAUAAUUCAUCUUGAAAAAGAGGCUACUUGUGAUAUCUAGACUAAAGGAGGUCUGAAAAACAAUUCUGUAAAUCAUUUGUACAUAAAAUUUUGUGCAUUGGUGUACAAAAAAACCCUUUAGAUGAUGAAAUGAUUAGAUACUGAUUGAAAUGGUGCUUCCUGAUUAUAAACAAAAAUGUAACCAGAAAUUGCACAGUUGAUUUGGCUAAGCUUCUGAUAUGAUACCCUGCUUUCAUAUUAUGAAUCUGCUUAUAGUGGUCCCUGUUAUGUAUAUGACCAGGAUUUGUCCCUCAUGCUAGCUUUACACAUGUUCUGUUGUGUAUAUAAAACAUUUGUUGUAGAGUACUAUAGAAGUUUAACUGUGUUAUAUUAUCCUCAUCAUUUCUACCUUUUUCUACAUUUGCAUGUAGACAUUUUAAUUAUUAUGUUAACUCUACCUGUACAUGUAGCUUUUAUACUCUAUUUUCACCAUUACUGUAGCCUUCUUUCUGUAAUUCAAAUUCAUUUUAAAUGUUCAUUUCUAUAGUUGAAUGUUGUGAUAGUACUAUGCAAACCCCCCAAAAAAGUGAUGAGAAUUGACAUCAAAUUCUAUUUGUCUGUGUGAAGGAUAAUUAUAAAUGCAUGCAUCUCAUUUUGUACAUAUAAAAUAAUAAAUUUAGUAUACUCAUUUGAAAUUAAAUAUACUGAAAUAAAAUAUAUUAGUUACCAAUAAA